UUCUCCAUGUGGCGGAGUUAUGCAGCUGCAAAUACUAAUACAUUUACUCCAAAAAGGAAAAAUAUAUCCGCCCAUUCAUUGUCAACAACACCAACAGAUUGUAGACGUAAAUCAUUUAAUAAUAAAUAUAUUAAUAAAUUAAAUAGACGUUCAUCUUCAUUUACUUCUUCAUUUGAAGAAUAUAAUAUUUCUUCUGACCAAAAAGAAGAAGAAAAUUCUGUUUUAAAUAAAGAAGAAAUUAAAGAAGAAGAAAAUUGUUUAAAUAAUCUUCCUUCUAAUUCUGCUUCUGCUAAAACAUUUAGACCAAGAAAAUCGAGUAAUAGUAAUUCUUGUUCUUCGACAUUUAAAAAUCAAACAACAACAGAUAUUUCUAGCAAUUUAAACGAAGAUAACAAUUUAUUAGAAAUGCCACCAGUUAAAGAUAUAAAUGGAAUUAAUGACGGAAAGCCAACUGCAAAUAUGUUUGAAAAAGACUCUCGUAGUGACGCACCUAUUCCUGAAAUGCCAACAACUGAAGGAAUUGAGUAUCCUCGAGCAGCGUCUUGGAGUUCUUCAACAGUUGCCGAAAUUAUGAGAGAUCAAAUUGGUCGUCAAGUUUUUCGUUGUUUUUUACAUGAAUCCCUUGCGGAAGAAAAUUUACUUUUUGUUGAAGAAGUUGAAAAGAUGAAGAGAGAAAAACAACCAGAAAAAAUUCGUCAAGGAAUAAAAAUGUUGUUGGAUAAAUAUGGGCAAUAUAUUAAUUUAAGCAGUGUUGCUAUGAGUAAAUUGAGAGAAGCAACUAAAUCAGAAGUGCCAGAUCCAAAGGCGUUGGAAUGUGCCCACAAGGAAAUAUACAAAUUACUCGAAAAUGACCAAUUUCCACGCUUUCGACGUUCAAAAUUGUACCUUGAAUUUCUUGAACAAUUAUUGCCUCGUUCAUACGCUGAACGUUGGAUGACUUCAUUUGAUGCUCUUUUAGGCAAUCAAGUUGGUAGGCAUCACUUUCGACAAUUUCUUUUUAAUGUACACGCUGAAGAAAAUUUACGUUUUUGGGAAUCUGUGAUUGAAUUUCGACAAUUAAAAAAUAAAUCCAUCGCCAUGUUAAAUAUGAGCAGAACAAUUCAACAACAAUUUCUACGUGAGGGAGCUCACAAUGAGGUUUUUCUACCAUUUGGUUUACGCCAACGUGUUGAGAAGAAAAUACGGGAGAAAAAUGUUGAUGACACAGUUUUUGAUGAAGCUGUUAAACACGUUGAACAAAUUCUUAAAAAUGAUCCUUAUGUUAGAUUUAUUAAUUCAAAGGAAUAUAAUGAUCUUUUGGCAAAAUUACACUAA